CACAAUAUUAUGUAUAAUAUAUAUACGCGCAAACACACACUUUUUUGGUACUGACUGGUGGACCACACAAACGCAGGACUGCUGAAUACCAGUAGAGUGGGAUGUAUAGCAUCUACGUUGUCGUCAUCCUGGCCGCCCUGGGGGAAGCACAACUGCCAUCCCUGGUCUCCUUCUCCCUUUCUCUUACCCCACCGGAGCUGCUUACUCUUACAUUCGACACAACUCUGCAAAGCUCCGAGUGUGAUGUUUCCAAACUGACUCUCCAGAACUCAUCCGUUCUCAUGGCUGGAGGAUCUCAUACACCAGAGGGAGGUGGUAGCUGCAGUUUCAUAGGAGGACUGACAGUCACGCUGAAUGCAGCUCUUGACAGCGAAGACUGGGCAGCCAUCCAGGCCAACAUCUACCUGGCCACCGAGCCAGCCAACACCUACCUCUCCAUGCAGGCUGGAUUUCUCACUCAAGGCUCCAACUCUCCCAUCAGCUCCAGCUCUGCUAUACAGGUGACAUCUCAUCUCUUCUUGGCAAACAAUAACCCCCCAGCAGUGGUAGAAGUUAUACUAGACCUUGAUGCUGGGAUACUAACACUCAGACUCUAUGAAGGUUCCGUAUAUCUGGCCUCGGGUCCUAUUGAAUUCACUGAAACUGGAGGAGGGUUCACUCUGAACAAUUACACCACCCCUGAUAACGUGCGGUUUUUCUUUCCUCUCCCGCCAUCUCUUUUGCAUUCGUUCAAACGUGCCCCUCCUCCAUUCACUGCCUCUCUUCCCCCUGGGCUUUUCAGAGAUAGUUCAGGUACACUGAGUCCAGACCAAGAUGAGCUCUCAGUUACAAUACUUCCAGACUCCACACCACCGGUCAUAAUGUCCUUCAUGUUCGACCUGGAUACAGGCAACUUGUCUCUCACUUUUGACGAGCCAAUCAACCCAGGGAGCAUCAAUAUUACCACUGGUAUAUACCUGACUGGCGCAUUUGAAGGUUCAAACAACUCUGUUGGUGUGUUAGCAGACAGGUUCUUUACCGCAAAUCUAGACACUGAACUCUCAAUACUUGUAAGUACUACCACCCUCAACUCUGUGAAGUUUGAUACAAGCUUGUGCACCUCCCUUGGUGAUUGCUUGUUGGGCGUCAGCUCGACCUCUCUUUCUGACACAACAGGUAACAGAAUUCCCACAUCUCUAUCCAACACCAUCACCAGUUUCUUAAUCCCGGACACCACUCAACCAGAGCUAGUAUCUUACGCACUCAACCUUGAAACAAGUUCCGUGACUCUUGUGUUUAGUGAACCAAUCAAUCCCCUUUCGAUCGAUCUGUCUGGCAUUACUCUCGAUCUUGAUCCCGACAAUCUCGUAACGAGCGGGGGCGACCUAAUUGAGUACCAACCUGUCCCACUAGGUGGAGCAAGCAGUAUAAUGGCCAUAACUGACCACGAUACUGUCAUAACUUUGCGACUCGAAACUUCAACACUACUCAACUUGAAGCUUCUCGUCACAACAGGCAACAUCACAUGCAGUGUGGAGGACUUUACAGUAAAAGACACGAGUGGAAAUGAAGUAGUUCCUAUCCCGCCAACAGCAUCCUUCCCACCCUCACAAAUUGUACUGGAUACGUCUCCACCUUUGCUACUCGAUUUUAUUGCUGGUUCACCCAACACCCGACAGCUGACCUUCAUCUUCAGCGAGCCUGUGAACGUAGACUCGUGGAACACGUCUGCACUAGUGCUCACACUGCUAACAACAGAAGGAUCCUUCGACUAUUCCUUCAGUGACGGGUCUGUAGAAGGAAACGAGAAUAUGAAUCUAGUUGUGUUCACCAUAGGCAACAGUGAGUACAUGCUCUCACCACUUAGUGAGCACUACCAGGAUGCCUAUAUCAGAGGCUCAUUGGGGGUUACGACUAGGGGCUCUCUCAUAGAGGAUUUAUUUCGAAACCCUCUACAGCCUCUCAUCCUACCACUGGUAUUUAAUGCCACAAUACCAGGACAGAGUCCCGAGCUGGUAACAGUAAAUUUUGACCUUGACACGGGUACACUGCACCUUAUGUUUUCUGAUUUGGUGUUGGCAAGUUUCUCAGCUGGAAAGAUUCGCUUUCAAGAUGACUCCGUGUACCCCAGUCACAGCCUCACUCUUACAAAUAAUGGAACCUAUGCCUCUGGUGGUGGCCUGGACACCAGUGUUUCUUUAACUCUCGCCAGCUAUGAUCUUAAUGGGCUCAAGCUGAACCCCUUCCUUGCCACAUCGACUAACAACACAUUUGUGGUGUUGUCUGAGGACUUUGCCUACGGUCUUGGUUCAAUUCCAGUUGCAGCACGGAACGGAACCCAGGUGAGGGUGUUCACUCCAGACACAACAGAACCAACAGUGACUAAGUUUGAACUGGAUCUCGACUCGGACACACUAGCAAUCGACUUUGACGAGCCAGUUUUGGUGGACACCUUUGACGAGACACGCAUACUCCUCCUGAACUCGACCAGUGUCCCAACACCUGAAGCAGCUCUGGUUCACCUCUCUGCUACGUACUCUCUGGUACAGGGCAACGCCACUUCCAUCAGAGCUCUCAUCUCUCAGCAAGAUGCCAUUGAUAUCAAGAGGCAGCCCCUGUGCUACUCUGUCGAUAAUUGCUUUGUGGCCUUUGACCGGGGACUGGUAACGGAUAUCAGUGGUAAUGAGUUCCUGGGGUCUGUAGAUCUCAUGCAAGUCAGCUCAGUCUCUCCAGAUGUGACUCCACCACAGUUGCUCUCAUUUCCCAUCUUUGACAUUGACUCUGGCCUCUUUACUCUGGUGUUCUCUGAACCCAUCAAUGGAAGCAGCACCAACUUCGCUCAGGUGGAGUUUCAUAACACUCCCAUCGACUCAAACACCAGUAUAACUCUAACAGAGGGGUUCACUAGUGAAGAUCAUAUCGAGAUAGACUUCCACAUGUCUCGCCAAGACUUGAACAGACUAAAAAGUGACCCUGGCCUGUGUACUAAUCGAGACAACUGCUGGAUCAGGCUCCCUUCGUUCUUUGUAACCGAUAUUGGGAGUAACCCUUUCAUUCACUUUCAUUAUGAGUCAGACGUAGAGGCAAGUUACCACCAGCCAACAGUAUUUCUUCAAGACCAGACUGCACCAGUUCUGGAAAAUGCCAUUAUGGACAUCAACAUGGGUACCUUGUCCCUAUCAUUUUCAGAAGUGAUUGUGGGAGCGACGUUUUCCCCAAGUGAUGUUACACUCCUCCAAAGUCCAUCCUCUUUCAUCUUUCUCACAUUAUCUCCUGGCUCCAUUUUUUCCCUCGCUUCCAGUGGUGCUGAAGCUACCAUUACAUUGACUAAUGAUGACCUAAACUGGCUUAAAGCAAAUGUCAACAUUUUUACUUCCGCCAACAAUUCUUUUCUCUCUCUAGCCACGAAUCUUAUUGACGUGAGUGGCAAUCCUUUCCAAAACAUAUCUCGCAGUGUUGGAUUUCAG